AUGGCUCAAGUCUCACAGGAUGUCGUCAAGAAGCUCGACGAGGGCUUCGCCAAGCUCCAAGGCGCCGCCGACUGCAACUCGCUCCUCAAGAAGCACUUCACCAAGACCGUCCUCAGCAGCAACAAGUGGAAGAAGACGAAGCUCGGCGCGACGCUGCUCGACUGCGUCCAGUCCGGCGUGGAGAACCUCGACUCUGGAGUGGGUGUCUACGCCCCCGACGCGGAGGCGUACACCCUGUUCGCCGACCUGUUCAACCCGAUCAUCGAGGAGUACCACAAUGGCUUCAAGGCCACCGACAAGCAGCCCGACAUGGACCUUGGCGAGAAGAACAUUGCUGACCUGGCCGACCUCGACCCGGAGAACAAGUUCAUCGUCUCGACCCGUGUCCGCUGCGGUCGUUCCCUCGUCGGCUACCCGUUCAACCCCUGCCUCACCGAGCUCAACUACAAGAACAUGGAGACGCGCAUGAAGGGCAUCCUGGAGGGACUGGCCGACCCGGACCUGAAGGGCACCUACUACCCGCUGACCGGAAUGGGCAAGGAUGUCCAGGACAAGCUGAUCGCCGACCACUUCCUCUUCAAGGAGGGUGAUCGGUUCCUGUCGGCCGCCAAUGCCAACCGCUUCUGGCCCACCGGGCGCGGCAUCUUCCACAACGAGAAGAAAUCGUUCUUGGUGUGGGUGAAUGAGGAGGACCAUCUUCGCAUCAUCUCCAUGCAGCCGGGCGGACAUGUUGGACAAGUGCUCGAACGUCUCAUCAAGGGAUUGAAGCUGAUCGCCGAGAAGGCCCCGUUCGCGCGUCAUCCCCGCCUCGGCUGGCUGACCUUCUGCCCGACCAACUUGGGCACCACCGUCCGCGCCUCCGUCCACAUCAAGCUGCCCAAGAGCUCGGCCAACAAGGAGUGGUUCGAGAAGGUGUGCAAGGAGAUGAAGCUCCAAAUCCGCGGUAUCCACGGCGAGCACUCCGAGAGCGAGGCCGGCACCUACGACAUCUCCAACAAGCAGCGCCUCGGCCUCACCGAGUACGAGGCUGUCCGCCAAAUGUACGACGGCGUCAAGAAGCUGAUCGAGCUGGAGAAGGCCGCCGCC